GAAGACAGAACACAUAGAGCUUUGCAUUCUGAGGGAGCACAACAGAAACCCAAUGGCCUCUUCUACGGCAGUGAGGCAUCCACUCUUCACCAUCUUGAUUGCUCUCUCGUUGCUGCCAGCGAUCGCAGAGCAAGACGACGAGCAGGAAGGCGACCGGGUGGGGUUCCUCCCGGGGCAGCCCUCGAGACCUGCGGUGUCACAGUUCUCGGGGUAUGUCACCGUGAAUGAGAACAACGGGAGAGCGCUCUUCUACUGGUUCUUUGAGGCUCAGACGUUGCCAGCUCAAAAGCCUCUCCUCCUCUGGCUCAAUGGAGGUCCUGGUUGCUCCUCCCUGGGCUAUGGAGCAGCUUCUGAGCUGGGACCUCUCCUGGUCAAUGGCAACGGAACUGGUUUGGAGUUCAACAAAUUUGCAUGGAAUAAAGAGGCCAAUUUGUUGUUCUUGGAAUCUCCCGUUGGAGUUGGCUUCUCAUACACAAAUACUACCUCUGACCUAGACAACAUCGAUGAUCGCUUUGUCGCCAAGGACACCUACACCUUCUUAGUUAACUGGUUCAGCAGGUUUCCACAAUACAAAAGCCAUGAUUUCUACAUAUCAGGAGAGAGCUAUGCAGGCCAUUAUGUUCCUCAGCUGGCAGAAGUGGUGGACGACCACAACAAGAACCUUGAAGCGAAUCAGCAAAUCAAUUUGAAAGGAUUUAUUGUUGGCAACGCAGAGACUAAUGAUUACUAUGACUACACGGGAAUCGUCGAGUUUGCUUGGAGCCAUUCAGUCAUAUCAGAUAAAUUUUAUGAGCGAGUCAAAAAUGUUUGUGACUUCAGGCUCUCACCCACCACCAAUGAGUGCAGCCAUGUAAUGAACCUUCUGUUCAAGAUAUACCAUGAGAUUGAUAUCUACAACGUGUACGCACCCAGGUGCAACAUUGAUGGAUCAGCAUUUUCGUCUAGUUUCAAUAGCUCGGUAGAAAAAGAAGCCAAGAACAAGUCCAAAAGAUUGAGGAUGUACUCGGGAUACGAUCCGUGCUACUCGAACUAUAUUGAAGCUUACUUGAACAGGAUGGAUGUUCAAAAAUCACUUCAUGCGAAUAUCAGUGGAUGGAUCAAGGAUAGAAGAUGGAGUCUUUGCAGUGAUCCCAUUUUCGACAACUACGACAUGGAGGUUUUUUCUGUUCUGCCUAUUUACUCCAAGCUUGUCAAGCCUGGAAUAAGAAUUUGGGUCUACAGUGGAGACGUGGAUGGCAGGGUUCCAUUUAUUGGAUCCCGGUACUGGGUAGAGGCACUUGGUCUUCCUAUCAAGUCACAGUGGCAACCAUGGUACUUAGAGAAUCAGGUUGCUGGAAGGUAUGUUGAGUAUGAAGGGCUGACAAUGGCCACUGUUAGAGGAGCAGGUCACACAGUGCCUCAAGAUAAGCCAGCAGAGGCACUUGUGCUUAUCAAUUCCUUCCUUUCGGACAGGAAACUUCCGACAAAAGAUAUCUGAGAACCACUACCAGAAUGAAAUAUGCUGAAUGAGUAAGGGAGAAGAAAUAACCGAUUUUAAGAUCGAUGUAACAUAUAUCCAGUACGGGCUCUCUAUAUGUACCCAAAUUAAUGCAGA